CCGCAGGACUCCGGACAGUUAUCUGAUCAAUGGAAAGGAAAAGGUCAAGGAAGAAAAGAUUGAAAAGCCAGAGAAACUAAUGGGAGAUGCAAUGAAGUCUCUUAAAAUAGAAACUCAGAAACCGGAACAAAAGAAAUUGGAAGAGAAGAAAGGAGAGCCUUCGAGUCCGCCGAAGUCUCCCGGAGGAAGCAAAGUCACGACCGCACAACCUGAGAAACCAAAGAAGAAAGAAAAAGUCAAAAUGAAAUUGCCUUUCACGUUUUGUAAUAAGAAAGACGAAAAUCUGCUUUUGUGGAUCGCAGAGAUUCAAACGUACUGUAGCACGGCCCCUGUCGAACCUGAAUCCCAGGUUGCAUUCUCUACCUCUUGUCUUGGUGAGGAAGCUAAGGAGUGGGUUUUGACCGAAGCCAAUGCCGCAGUGUUCGAUGACAUCGGGGAGUGGGCUGGAACUUUGAACCUCAAACAGUUCCUUGGGAAGAUCAAGGAACCGUUUUUGGACAAAACGACGGCCGACAAGGCCUUUGACCAGCUCACCACGAUUGGUGAAAAGCAUUGGACCUCUGUGGAGUCGUUAUCCCGGGAAGUUGAUCGGUUGCUGCAGGUUCCGGGAUUGAACCUGCAAGACAACCAGGCCUUGUACAUCUAUUCCCGUGCUCUGCCCGAGCCCAUCCGUGGACAACUCGUGGUAGAGUCCAAGUCUGGUAAGUAUAAUUAUAGGCAGUUUCAGGAUCUGGCUCUCCAACGAGGGCAAAUGACUUCUCAGGUUAAGAACUCUUAUGCGUUUGUUGUGAAGUAUGGUGGUGGUGCAGGAAGAGUAGGGCCCACUCGCGGUGGGACUUCCACCACCCCCUACACGAAGGAGGAGGAGGAGAAGAUGGCCGCCAUUCUGCAGGAGAAGAAGGAGAAGAAGGAGGCCAAGAAGAAGGCCUUGAAGGAGGAGCAGGCGGCCAAAUUGCAGAAGAUAGAGGAAGAAAUGGCCAAAGAAAAAGAGAGGUUGAAAAAGGAAGAAGAAGAGAAGCUGAAGGAGGUGGAUGAAGAAGAGGAAGGACCGCCACUGCAAAGGAGUAGUGGCCAGCCCAGUAGUAAUACCGGUGGAGACCUAGAGAAGAGGAUAUCUGAAUGGGUUGCCAACCUGACUGUGGGAGAAGAGGUUAGUAUGUACAUCCCGCAGGAUCAGCAAGAAGCCGCCAUGAAGGCUUGGGAGGCAGAGAAAGACCCUCUGAAACGUCAAGCGUUGGAAGACGAGAAGAGGAUGGAAUGGAAAUUAGCGGUGAUGCGGGAGAAGAAGAGGAGAAUUGACAAGGCAGCGGAGGCGGCAGAGGCCUUAGAGGAAGUGAAGAAUAUAGAGGCGCAAUUAGCCGCCCAGCCCGAUCUCCCAAAUCAGAUGCGAGUCAUAGCUCGAAGCGUUGCAUGCCUAGCACGGGUUCAGGCAGACCAAUAUGACUUUAGUAGAAGCCAGGACAUAGCGGUGCGCUCGAUACGGUUGGGCUUUCGAGACUUUGCUCGUGAGCUGGUAGGCGCCGUUGGAGUCGAGGUGGGUCAUCGCCUCGACAAGACUGAGUGGUUCUGCGCCGGCGCCAUUGAAGGCGUCAAGGCGGCAGCUCCCAAGGAGGAGGAAGCCUCAGACAAGCUCCAAACCAUCCAUUCUCGUAAAUGGAAGAGUGUCAGGGCACUCAAGGGUACAAUGGAUGAGUUGGUGGCCGUCCCUGACCAUGGGGUCACAGAGGGCCAGUUGGUCAACCUCUUUUACCGGGCUAUGCCCGAAGCCUUUCGAGGGCAAUUCUUCGCGAAAAGCGAAGAYCCUGCCACCACUUACGAUUCUCUUAGUCGUGAGGUGGUGGCUUUUGAAGCAAAGUCAGUGUCUCUGUCUACCUUCUGGCACAAAGACUUGGACAGGGGUAAGCAAUGGAAAGGCCGCACUAUCUCAGGGCAGGUGAAGACCAAGGAUAGCCUUGUUUUGACUUUAGAUGAGGGUAGUGUAGAUGAGAUUCCCUACGACCAGAUUGAGUGGGGAUUAGAGGAGGCGGACAGCGGUGUGGGUCAGGGGAGAUCCUACAUUGCUGUCGCGGCCGGAGGGAGGCCGCAAGGAGGACGAGGCCAGGGCCAAGGGGGCCGGGCCUUAGGGAGCCAGUUCCAAGACACGCGUAUAAGAACGAGCACCUCCCCUUAUACAGCAGAGCAGGAUGCGAAGGCCGCAGCCAUCCUGAAAGAGAGAAGAGAGAAGGAGGCCAGGAAGAAGGCCUUGAUAGAAGAACAGGCGGCGAAGUUGAAGACGAUUGAGGAGGAGAUGGCCAGAGAAAAAGAGAGGUUAAAGAAAGAAGAAGCAGAGAAGCUCAAGGCGGUAGAAGAGGAGGAAGAGGUAGAAGAACCGCCACUGGAAAGGCGAAGAACAGGAGGGAGAGGAGAAUCCAGAGGCACUAAUGUAUGUGCCCAGGAAGAACAAGAGGCGGCCAUGAGAGAGUGGGAUGCAGAAGAAGACCCACUCAAGCGGCAGGCUAUAGAAGAUGAGAAGAGGAUGGAGUGGAAGUUCCGACUGACGAGGGAGAAGAAAAAGAGAAUGGAGGCCGCGAGCGAAGCGGCGAAAGAAUUGGAGGAGGUAAAGAAGCAAAGAGCGCAGAUGUCGACGCAGGUGGACCUACUGGGGAAGAUGGAGAUCAUGGCGAGAAACAUAGAGCGCCUGGCCCAAGUCCAGGAAGAACAAUAUCUGUUUGGUAGAGGUCAGGACAUUACCUUGCACUCUAUACAGCUGGGACUCAGGGACUUGGCAAAGGAAUUAGCGACGCAGGUGGGCUCAGAGGUGAAGGCUCGCCUAGAGGGCACGAAGCGUUAUUGCACGGGCGCCAUAGAAGGCGCCAGACUGACUGCUCCUAAGGAGGAGGAAGCACGUCCCCGAAGGGAGCUUGUCAAGGUCAAGUUCCCUGACUCCUAUAGCGGGAAGAAAAAGGAGAAUUUUGACAAUUGGGAAGCCAAUGUCAAAACCUACGCACAUCUGCAGAAGGUCUCCCCGGACGAGCAUGUCCUUAUAGCCGUCAAUGCCCUCCGAGACGAAGCAGCAAGCUUCGCCCAUUCCUUGACUCCUAAAGGAGCAGUGUAUAGGAUGUCCCCGCGGGAAUUGGUGGAGUUGCGCAAGCAGUUGGGUGAACUCCUGGAGAAGGGUUGGAUUAGGCUCAAUUCGUCUCCAUUUGGAGCACCUGUUCUAUUUGUCCCAAAGGAGGGAGAGCUUAGAAUGUGCAUUGACUUUAGGGGUCUCAAUGCUAUCACCGUGAAGAAUGUGGAGCCGUUGCCCCGUAUAGAUGAUCUUUUGGAUCGGGUGCAGGGCUGCAAGUAUUUUUCAAAGAUAGACUUGAAGUCCGGAUAUCAUCAAAGAGAGGUCCAUCCUGAUUAUCAGUAUAAGACCGCGUUCCGGACUAGAUAUGAACACUACGAGUUUAUAAUUAUGCCCUUUGGACUAACCAACGCGCCAACAACUUUUCGGCGUUGUAUGAAUGACUUAUUUAGGCCGUGGUUAGACAGGUUUGUAGUAGUCUACUUAGAUGACAUUCUAGUGUUCAGUAGGACCCUCCAAGAGCAUGAGGGUCAUCUAAGGCAGGUCUUGGAAAAGCUCGGAGAGGCUAACUUCAAGAUCAACGCAAAGAAGUGUGAAUGGGCAAAGACCCAAGUUCUGUAUAUAGGCCAUGUUUUAGACGGAGACGACAUCAAACCAAAAGAUAGUAAGAUCGCAGCCAUUAGAGAUUGGCCUACACCCCGCACGUUGACAGAGUUGCGGUCGUUCUUAGGCCUAGCUAACUAUUACAGGAAGUUUGUGAGAAACUUCUCCACCAUCGCUGCACCCUUUCGCAGGUUGUUGAAGAAAGAAACAAUCUGGAGAUGGGACAAGGACUGCAUGUCUGCUAUGAAGAAGUUAAAGCAGGCGUUGAUAGAGUACCCAGUCCUUAAGGUAACCGAUCCGUCCUUACCUUUCGUCGUCACCACUGGCGCGAGCCAGUAUGGUAUAGGUGCUGUGUUACAACAAGACGAUGGCAACGGAUAUAGACCUGUAGAGUUCAUGUCUGCUAGGAUGCCUUCAGAGAAGGUAGGGACAUCUACCUACGAGAGGGAACUCUACGCUCUCAGGGGAUGCAAGGUCUUUAGCAAGAUCCUCAAGUCUGGUUAUCACAAGAUUGAAGUCGACCCUACAGACCGUCAUAAAAUUGCAUUCAAAACUCGCGAUGGGUUAGGAGGGGAAGUGAGACACGAGAUCUGCUUCCUGGUUAGCGACGAGCUUCCAUUUGAUAUGUUACUAGGAAAGUACUACCUGGAGGUUGCUCAGCCCCAGUUUGAUUGGAAUAGAAAGGUGAUGAUGUACAAGUUGCCAAAUGGAAGGACUGUUAGUUUGCAGAAGUACAAGGCUAGCAGGCUAGUGGAGAACUAUGGCUGCAUGUGCGCAUUCGCCUUCUAUAAUUACUACAAGCAGAACUGCAAGGAGGGUAUGCAAGCGGAUACUUUUUGGCGCCAGGACCACACCCUCGUCGUCUUUGAUGAUGAUACUGUGGAGAAGUGGCCAUUGGCGGCCGAGGGUGUGGCAAGCAGCAGUGAGUCUGGGAAGGGGGAAGUCACUGCUGUCGUGGUCAACAAGGGAGGACCACGAUCGCCGCUUCUUCCUCGUGCUCUGCCAGUGAGCUUUUUCACUCUGCGCGGCUCUCAUCCAGCAAGCAAGCGCUCCAGCAGCUCUGCCGCCGUUCAGCCAGCCAGAAUGUGUGAAGUGAGGGCAUUGCAACGACCGAAGGGCAUGACUAGGUACUCGUGCAGACAGGCCCUUGAAGCUGUGAGGAGGGAGCUCACCCUUGUCAAGUCAAAGCUUGAAAGUUUAAUGAAGACUGACACUCCCCCUGUUUCCUGCCCUCCUGAGAUACAGCACGUUGUGGAUCAAUACGCUGAUCUGAUGCAGGAGCCCUUUGGACUACUCAACCGGCCAACCAAGCAUAGCAUCGAACUACUACCUGGAGUAGUCCCUCCUAAGGGACGAGUCUACAAAAUGUCCCCUGCUGAGCUCGAGGAGCUUAGAAAGCAGCUUGAGACCCUUACCAGCAUAGGCUGGAUCAGACCCAACACUUCUGAAUUCGGCGCACCGGUUCUCUUUGUGCCCAAAGGGAACAGCGAGUUCAGAAUGUGCAUUGACUACAGGGGUCUCAACAAGAUCACUAGGAAGAGUACAGAGCCACUUCCUAGGAUCGAUGACCUGCAGGAUAUGGUGCAGGGCUGCACAGUGUUCAACAAAGUCGAUCUCAAAUCUGGCUACCACCAGAUUGAGAUGGCAGAGGUCGAUGUCUAUAAGACAACCUUCAAGACCAGGACCUUGCCUGAGGACGAAGUGGUAACUGCGGCGUCUUACCUAGAGGGUAAGGCAGCCAAAUGGUUAGAUGGUGUAGUUGUGAAGGCCGGGUACGGGCGACGCAUGGCGGACUGGGCUAAGUCUUCGACUUUAGACCAAUUCAUGGAAAUGGUAGAAGCUCGAUGGCAUAAUCCGCAGGACGCGCAAAGGGCCAGUGAUGCCAUUAACAAACUGGAUCAACAUAAGUUCAGGUCAGUUAGGGAGCUUACGACUACCGUUGAGAGCCUGAUCCUCGUCCCAGGUAUCAACUACAACGACCAGUUCAUGUUGACUACGUUUGUCAGAUGUCUCCCAGAGAACAUGAGGAACUUACUUGCGGCACGCACCGAGUACCACUCGUUUGAGACAUUGUCUAGGAAAGCCUUAGACUUCGAGGCCACACUAGGCAAUGCUCAACCCACCUCAGGGAAUGACUCAAAGAAGAAGAAGAGUCCUCAGGAGUGGAAGAAGAAGGGGGCGAAGUUGAUGAUGGUUGAGUCUGAUGGGACUCAAACWGARAUCGAYGAGCUCUCUGACCUGAUGGACUACUCAGAGUAUGACGGCGAGGAGGUAGCUGAGGGUAGCACCCUCGCCGCGGUAGUUAAGACUAAGGCGGCAGACCGACAAAAGGGCCAGCCUAGGCGUCAAGGGAAGGCCGCCUCCAAUCAGACCAAGAAGGCUGAUUGGGUUAAGGCCGGUCUUGAUCAAGACGUGUGGCGAGACCGUCGAACGCGUGGUGCUUGUAUUAACUGCGGAGUUGUUGAUAGGGAAGUCGUCCACGCUAUAGCAAUCAUUCCAGGGAGUAAGACCCCAAAGGGAAGGAUCUAUAGGAUGGCCCCUGCCGAGUUAGAUGAACUUCGAAAGCAACUAAAGGAGCUGACAGAGAAGGGAUGGAUUCGGCCUAGUACUUCCCCUUACGGAUCACCCGUGCUAUUCGUACCGAAGAAGGGGGGUACUUUGAGGAUGUGCAUCGAUUAUAGGGGCCUCAAUGCCAUCACUGUAAAAAACGCAGAGCCUCUACCUCGCAUAAACGACCUAUUGGAUAGGGUGCAGGGAUGCAAGUACUAUUCUAAGAUAGACUUGAAAUCGGGAUAUCACCAAAUCGCAAUAAGACCUGAGGACCAACACAAGACAACUUUUCAGACUCGUUAUGGUCUGUAUGAGUUUGUAGUGAUGCCCUUUGGUCUUUGUAAUGCGCCGGGUACAUUCCAGCACGCUAUGAAUCGGAUCUUCCAUGACCAUUUAGAAAUGUUUGUCGUAGUCUAUCUAGACGACAUUCUAAUCUUUAGUAAGUCUGCCGAGGAGCACGCACAGCAUGUUGAGAAGGUACUCUCACUCCUACGACAGCACAAGUAUAAGGUCAACUUAGAGAAGUGCGAGUUUGGCCGCACUAAGAUACUAUACUUGGGUCAUGAAGUAUCCGCGGAGGGAAUUAGGCCGGAAGAUGCGAAGGUGGCUAGUAUUCGAGACUGGCCACGACCUCAGACAGUCACUGAGGUCAGAUUAUUCUUAGGAAUGUGCAGCUAUUAUAGGAACUUCGUAAAGAACUAUUCUACAGUUGCCUCUCCUUUGACUGAUCUAACUCGACUUGACACACCGUGGGACUGGAGUGAUGAGUGCGAGGGUGCUUUCAAGAGAUCGAAGCAUGCACUCAUGAAUCAUGAGGUCCUCAUGGUUCUGGAUCCGCAGAAGCCAUUCAUAGUGACCACUGACACAAGCCAAUACGACAUUGGCGCAGUGCUGGCUCAGCAGGAUGGGAAAAAGUUGAGACCGAUUGAGUACACGAGUAAGAAGAUGCCAUCGAAGAAGUUGGCUAAGUCCACCUACGAAAGGGAACUCUAUGCUCUCUACAAGGCACUUGUCCAUUGGAGACACUUCCUUUUGGGAAGAAUGUUAGAUGACGCAAAGAAGUAUGUUGAGAAACGUCAGGUCUGUCAGCGGGAUAAGCCGCGAACUCGAGCACCGCUUGGGUUAUUGAAGCCUUUACCUAUUCCUGAUGGUCCAGGAUUGAGUGUUUCCAUGGAUUCCAUGGACACUCUUGUGACCAGCAAGAGUGGUAAGAGGCACAUUUUCGUCAUCAUUGACCGAUUCACCAAGUAUGCUAGACUAAUACCAAUGCCAAAGACAGCCAGGACCGAAUACGUCAUCAAGUUGUUCAAGGACAACUGGGUAAGGGACUUUGGUUUACCAAAGACCAUCAUUAGUGACCGAGACGUCCGAUUCACAAGUGAGCUGUGGAAGAAGACUGCAGAACAGAUGGGCAGUCAAUUUCAGAUGACUUCAGGGAAUCAUCCCGAAGCCAACGGACAGGCUGAACAAAUGAAUAGAGUUGUACAACACUUGCUGAGGCAUUACAUCAAACCCAACCAGGAUGACUGGGAUGAGCAGUUACCUCUCAUCGCCAGCCUAUACAACCAUGCUAUACAUAGCAGUACCGACGUUAAUCCUAACCAGCUGCACUUAGGAUGGAAGCCUAGAUUAGCACUAGACUUCCUCCUACCUGAAAACCGACCUGCUGCAACUCCAGGCACACUUGAAUACGGUGUGCAAUAUGAGAAGUUGUUGCAAGAGAGUGUAGAACAUAUGAAGAAGGCUCAGCAAGCCAUGAUAGCUUCUGAGAAUCAACAUCGCAGACAGUCCACAUUUCACGUAGGGGAACGUGUCUGGGUCAAGGCUAGUGAGUUAGGACAGGAAUUCGGGAUAUCUCGCAAACUAAUGCCUCAGUACUUUGGUCCCUGGGAAGUCUUGGAUGUAGUGGGAGAUGAGUUGGAUGGUCCCACAUAUGUCAUUCGUGUCCCUCGCAAACUCACCCAGUCUUUCAUGCCUCAAAGCUUGCACCUUUCGCUGAGACUGAUCAAUUCCCUUCCAGGAGAUCGAUGCUGCCCCCAACCAUGGAUGGACAAGUCGACAUCGACGAUAUUGUGGAUCACAGGGAUAUGCCUGUUCCGAAGCCGCUGGGAGGCAGCAGAGGCGGAACGUCAGCGGUUGGCCAGUGAGGCGGCAGCCCAAGCUCAGCGGACUGCUGAGGCUGACGCCGAGGUGCGAGACAAACGGAACGCCAUCAUCAUGGAGUCCUUGACUCGAAAUGAGAGUCACUGGACGACACUGCUCCAAGGCAUGCUUUUUGUGCCUUCGGAUACUCAGGCGGAUCCGACACCGGCGGAGGAAGAAAGGAGUAACUUGGCUGACCUGAUGUUGAACGUGAUGCGGGCGGUAAUGUGGACCAAUACGAUGUUAACAGUGCAGAUACACGAGUGCAGACAGCUGCGUCAGACUCAGCAGAAAGAUGCUGCAGCCUUAACAACCGCUGUUCGUGUUGCCGCCACACAUCAGCAACAACAGCAACAGCUGUUGAGCACCACCACCGCACGCGUCAAGUGCAUCGAGGCUAAGGCCUCAGCAGCGCCAGGCUGCACGACUGACACGGCGAAGCAGCUCAACGAGCGCAUCGACCAUGUCGUCAGUCUAAUCGGCGAACUAGGGGAUUUCACCAGCCCAGCUAUGAUCAGCAGCACGGUGGCCGCCAUCAAGACGGACAUCACCAAGCUGCGGUCGCAACCGGCAGCAGCUGCGAAGGCAUACAAGAUGCCAGGCUUCAACAUCGGCAAGUUCAAGGACUACAACAAGACCGACGCUUUGAUAUGGUGGCAAGCCUUCCUCACCGAAGCGUCCUGCCACAAGGUCCCAACUGAAGACAUGAUGAAGGUAAUAUACCUCCAACUCAUUGGAGGCGCGCAGGCGUGGAUGAACCACCUCGCAGUUAACAAGGGAACCACUAUCGCCGAACUUCACAAACACCUCACGUGGGAGGAGUUUGAACAGCUGUGGUUCACUCAAUUCAUGGUCCUCAAUGUUGUGAAGGCGGCCAUGAACGAGGUCUACACUUGCUCACAGGGAAGUAUGCCAACUCGAGACUGGACGAUUGAGUGGCAGAAGAUAGUGACCACGCCAGGCUUCGAUUUGAGCUUUACAAACCAACGAUCCGAGUUCUUCUCGCGAUCGUGCGCAGGACUGCGAACCGCACUCGGCAACGAGUACGAUUAUGCCUCAUUCCAGGCUAUCCUGGAUCGUGCGAACCUGGUCAUCCAAACGGACGACAAGGCCGCCAACGAAAAGCAGUCCCAACCGCACUAUGUGGCUAAGCAGGGCUACCAACGACUGACACAUAACAAUGUCGUGAUUUCUGAAGAAUCAGUUGAUCUCCACGCUGCAGCAGCAUCCUCGAGUGAGAGGAACUGUCGCGGCGCUCCCGCUGAAGCAUCCCAAGAGAGUUCGGAAGAACAAGGCGACAGACGCGACGACAUCGACAGGAACUGGGCAGCAACCAUGGACGACAUACAAGAUAACCAAGGAACUUGUACACCGUCGGCAAGUAAUCCGGUCAGCUUGCCACUGAUUUCCGAGGACUCGACGGCGUGGUCAAGACUUGAGGAGCUUGACCCGCUCACGAGAGAGGACUUCGCUUGCAUGCCUCUACCCUCAAUCGGAACCUUGCCAAGGCCGCAUUGCAACGCCUUAAUGGCAAAUCUACGCUCCUAUUUGCACACUACAGUACCAGCUCCGUUGACGGACGACCGGGUAGCGGUUGUCGAUCUCCGCUCCUAUCUUGCGAAGAUUGCCUGCGAGUAUGCCACCCAAAGGUACGCCGAAACCGACGCUCCUUUGCUCUAUAUCCGCAUUCAAAUCGGAAAGGCAACCAAUAGUGCCUUGAUUGAUUGCGGAGCGUCUCGCAACUUCAUGAGCCAAGCUUUUAUGGCCCGCGCCGGCUUUGGCCCGCGCGCUCGAAGUAAGACGCAACCUACGAAAGUUACACUCGCGGACGGCCGCACGCAAAAGUCAAUUGACCGAUGCGUUGACGGCGUUCCGGUCUACUUUGCGCCACUUGCGUGUGAGCCGGUUUCUUUUGACAUCCUCGACACCAAGUUCGACAUGAUGCUAGGUAUGUCUUGGUUGCGUAGCGCCGAUCAUCCGGUAAACUUCCAUGACCGGACCGUUCACAUCCGUGAUCGGAACGGAGUGUUAGUCCCAUGUACGGUCACGACCCCUCACACUUCGAUUGCUUGUCACGUGGUUUCCGUUGCGAGAAUUCGCGACGCCAUAGCUCGGAAUGACGUCGAGGAAAUGGGCCUUGUAUUCUUGCAUGCUCUUCCCUCGCCGGACGGACCAGCCGCGUCACCGCCGGACCCACGCAUUUCUCACCUCUUGGAUGAGUAUAGAGACGUCUUCGAGGCUCCCACCGGAACGGUUUCGGAUCGGCCCAUACGUCACGGGAUCACUCUCGAGGCUGGUGUCGUCCCUCCGCGUGGAUGUAUUUACCGCAUGAGCGAAGAGGAACUCGAGGUGCUUCGCGCACAACUCGAUGACCUUCUCAACAAGGGCUGGAUUCGCCCUAGUUGUUCGCCUUACGGUGCCCCUGUUCUCUUCGUCCGGAAGAAGAACAAGGAUCUACGGUUAUGCAUCGACUAUCGCAAACUUAACGCACAAACCGUAAAGAACGCCGGCCCUCUCCCUCUGAUUGAUGAUCUCCUUGAGCGGUUAGGCGGCACCACGUACUUCUCGAAGUUGGACUUGAAGUCAGGUUACUACCAGAUUGAAAUCCAGCCUCAAGAUCUGUACAAAACCGCGUUCAAAACGCGGUACAGGCACUUUGAGUGGGUUGUCAUACCAUUUGGCCUCACCAAUGCCCCCGCGACUUUCCAAGCAGCAAUGACGACUGAGUUUUGCGACUUGCUCGAUCGCAGCGUCCUCAUCUACCUUGAUGAUAUCUUGGUUUAUAGUAGGACGUUGGACGAGCACAUCGUACACCUUCGCGUUGUUUUGGAUCGUUUGCGACUAGCCAAGUACAAAGCGAACCUCGACAAGUGCGAGUUCGUCAAGCAGGAGCUUGAGUACUUGGGCCACUAUGUUACGCCGAAAGGCCUUCGUUCUUUAGCGGACAAGAUCCAAGCCAUCGUGGAUUGGCCGGAACCCCGUUGCACGACGGAUGUACGCUCUUUCAUGGGUUUGGCUAGAUAUUAUCAGCGAUUCGUCGAGUCAUACUCGAAAGUGGCCGCUCCUUUGUCGAGACUUCAGUCCCCGAAGGUGCCCUUCGAGUUCGACGACGCAGCCCGUGGCGCGUUCACUACGUUGAAGGCAGCGAUGCAAGCCGCACCUGCCCUCCGUAUAUACGACCCCACCCUUCCCACCCAAGUGACUAUGGACACUUUGGGAUACGGUAUUGGUGCGGUGUUGGAACAGUGUCACGAGGACGGUUGGCAUCCGGUCGAGUAUUUCUCCCAAAAGACUGGCGAUGAGAGCAAGCUUCUCAUCCCAGUCCACCUGGUUGCGCUUGAUGUAAUGCCUCAACAGGUGUCGUACAGCGCGAUUCAGUUGCUUGGCCUGGCCGUCGGCCUCUGGGUGAUUCCCAGAAGUCGUUUGCAACUGGGUUCCCUGCUCUGCAGCAUUGAUGGAAACUGUGGACUUGUGACACACGACAAUAGCUUUGACGCAUGGAACGUAGGCUGGUUGGUGGAUGUGUACAAUAACAGUUUGCACGUGUCCACCUGUCGCACUCCCAACGAGUUGUACAAGUCCUUUAGGUCAUGCAGACGGUUUGAGGGACUUAACCGGGACCAGAUUCGCAGGCUACCGCCCGGUACCAGGGAGUUCGCAAUACAUCACGAGAAAGAGCUAGCUAGAGUUGUCGAGAACCUCAGGAAGGCCCAACAUAGAAUGAUAGAGCAGGCCAACAAGCACCGCCGCCCAUUGCAGUUUCAAGUAGGCGAUUUAGUCUGGGUCAAGUCCAAAGAGUUUGCUCCUGAGGAAAACAUCUCGCAGAAGUUACUGCCAGUGUACAUGGGACCAUGGCCAGUUCUAGAAGUCAAGGGCGGAGAAGAUGGGUCGUCCUACACAGUAGAGAUUCCAGCACACCUCCACACCUACCCGGUGUUCCAUGCAUGAAACUUGUUGCCGUGUGUGACAAGUCAACAGUUUCCAUCUAGAAGGUCCAUGAUCCCUCCGGACAUCGACGGAAGAUACAACAUUGACGGCAUUGUAGGUGAAGACGUGUUCAGAACAGGAGGUAGAGGUCGUCCACAAAAGCAAUAUAAGGUCCGGUUCGCUUAUCAGGAACCGGAGGACGUUCGCUGGUUUACCAGAACAAAACUGCUAGAAACAG